AACCGAGCACUUAACAUGGAAACAGAAAAAUAUCUGAAUGCCGAAAAAAUCUAGGGAAAGAAAAUUCCACGUUUAUCGAAGUGUUUCCGGAACGUUCCGGAUUGCGAAACCUGAGUUAAAAAUCAAAAGGCAAGCAAAUAUUUCGGCUCUGUUUCUCCUACAUAUCAUGUACGACCGAUCUAUCACUGCAUCAUAAACUACGCAACCACCGCCUUUCCCUCGUAAUCUUUUCCGUCAAUCGUCACUAAUUAAUUACAGACUAAGCAUUUGGUUAAUUAAGAUUAUUUGAGGAACUAGUGUUUUGCUGCAAUUUUGGGAUUUGAAGAAGCUACGAGAGUUUGGUUUUGAUGGAGAUGGAGGGUGAUCGGAUUCAGGGGUCUCCAUCUUAUUACAGCGUUCUUGGUGUCAGCUCGGAUUCUUCCAUUGAAGAGAUAAGGCGUGCUUAUCGCAAGCUGGCUAUGCAAUGGCAUCCGGACAGGUGGACAAGAACUCCUUCUUUGUUGGGUGAAGCCAAGCGGAAAUUCCAGCAAAUUCAAGAAGCCUAUUCAGUGUUAUCAGACCAGAGAAAACGAAGAAUGUACGACGCUGGCCUGUACGAUCCUGACGACGAAGAGGACGAGGGGUUCGGCGAUUUUGUGCAAGAAAUGGUGUCUCUGAUGGCGGAGUCCAGAAGAGAGGCAAAGAGUUAUAGCAUGGAGGACCUGCAAGCGAUGCUCAUGGAGAUGGUCCAAGGGUUCGGCCCUCCUCCGUCCUCUUGUUUCUGUGGACAAUCCGCGGCUUUCGAACAAUCUGGAUGCUCGAAGAGAACACGGCUUGAAUCUAGUUCCGGGAUUGGGAGAGGUUCGGGUUCAGGCUCAGCUUUACAUGUACCAAACGUAGGGAUGUAUGGAGAUGGAUUUUUUUCGUUUUAGUGGGAAGGACAAAAAUGAUGAGAAUGCUUUUGAGUGUUUGAUUUCUUUUGCAUUUGUGGGUCGAUUGAGUUGGUGAUGGAUGUGUAUCCUCUUCUUUCUUUAGUGGGUUUUUAAUCAACGCAUUCUCUAGUAGUUUAGAGAACGGAAAAUGAUUCUUA